ACUACAAGCAAUACUUCUAAGUUAUUACAGAACCCUCAAAACUGAAGAGUGUUGAAUUUGAAACUUGAAAACGCUGAGAUUCAUCGUCUCCGGGUCAAGCCAGGUCUUCGAUACACAACCCAACAAAACAAUUCAGAUUCGAACAAAAAAUGGCCUCUAAAUCUGCCAAGAAAGCCAAUCUCUUAGAUCACCACUCCAUCAAGCACAUCCUUGACGAGUCCGUUUCCGAGGUUGUGACGAGUCGUGGAUACGUGGAAGACGUGAGAUUGAGCAACGUGAGGCUCCUAGUUGGAACCAUAAUCAUCGUCAUUGCUCUCUUCGCUCAGUUUUAUAAGAAGAAGUUCCCUGAGAACAGGGAUUUCCUCAUUGCCUGCAUCGGAUUGUAUGUAGUCUUCAAUGGGUUGUUGCAGCUGAUCAUAUACACCAAGGAGAAGGAUGCCAUUCUGUUUACCUAUCCUCCAGCUGGGUCCUUUACCAGUACCGGUUUGGUAGUUUCCUCCAAGUUGCCUCGAUUUUCGGACAUGUACACCCUCACCAUAGCAAGUGCAGAUCCAAAAUCAGUUUCUGCACAGGAACCAGUCCAUUUGACCAAGAGUGUUACUCAGUGGUUCACGAAGGAUGGAGUCUUGGUUGAGGGCCUCUUCUGGAAGGAUGUUGAAUCUUUAAUAGACCAAUAUACCAAAGAACCAAAGAAGAGCAAGUAAUUUGAGUUCGUUAUGGAGGAGGGUAAAAGAAAAAACCAUAUCUGGAUCUGGUUUAUAAUUCUAUACAUUUUUAAUAUUUAGGAUGGAAAUGAGGGGAUAAAACAGUCACCAGCUUUAGAACACAUUCAUUCCCAUAUUGCAUCUGGUUAUCUGGUAGAGGGAGAUUGAACUUAGAUUUUUAUUUAUUUUCCUAAAAUCCAUUUACUUUUAGCUCUUUGGACAAAGAUACUCCUCACCUUGGAUCAAUAAAGUUAAAAGUGCGACCCAUCUUCAUUUUAUU